AUGAUCCUUGCGCGCGAGUUUGUACGUAAUGAGAUGGCAAGGUAUGCAGACUUUACUACCAACGAUAAGGACCACUGCGUCAUUGUGCAAGUCGGUGUGAAUAAUGUUGCGGACUUUGUCAAGUUUGUUGGCAUGGUGCAUCCGUAUGUUGAUGGAAUAGGCAUCAACUGUGGGUGUCCCAUUAGAGACCAGGUGAGGGAAGGUGUGGGAGCCGCGUUGAUGAGCAAGCCACAUCUAGUGGCAGAGAUGAUCGCCGCGGCAAAGGCUAAAUACCCGUUCAUAUGCAUAGACACAAAGAUACGUAUACAUAAUGAUCUCAACGAGACUAUUGCCUUUGCAAGAAUAGUCGAGGCAGCAGGCACAGAUAUGCUCACAAUACAUGGCCGCACAAAGACUACAAGAUCGUCCACGCCAGUAAACCUUGAGGCUAUAAAGGUGGUGCGGCUGCAUGUGUCGGUACCGAAAAGUAGUGAAAGAGGUGAAUACAUGCAAGUCAAUGAUCGAUAUGAUCGAUGUGUUGGACAAAUACUUUAUUCUUAA